AUGCUUUCCACGUCGCACGCUUUCCCAUGUCGCCCACGAAUUCAACCGUCGCCCACGCUUCCCUCGUCGCUGUCGCGUUCCCCCAUCGCCCACGCAUUCCCCCCGUCCCCACCGUCACCAUUCCUUCUCACCGUCGCCAUCCUCUUCCCUCGUCGCAGUCGCGUUCCCCCGUCGCCCACGCAUUCCUCCCGUCCCCACCGUCACCAUUCCUUCUCCCCGUCGCCCACGCUUCACUCGUCGCUUUCGCUUUCCCUCGUCACCCACGCGUUCCCCCCGUCCCCACCGUCAACAUUCCUUCUCCCCGUCGCCAUCCUCUUCCCUCGUCGCUGUCGCGUUCCCCCGUCGCCCACGUAUCCCCCCCGUCCUCACCGUCACCAUUCCUUCUCCCCGUCGCCAUCCUCUUCCCUCGUCGCUGCCGCUUUCCCCCGUCGCCCACGCAUCCCCCCCGUCCCCAUCGAUUUCUACUGUCGCCAUUGCUUCCCCCGUCGCUCUUGCUUCCCACUCUCACCAUUCUUUGUGACCGUCGCCCAUCCAUUCCGCCGUCGCCCACGCUUCCCUCGUCGCCCUCUAUUUCCCGCGUCGCCCACGAUUUCCCCUGUCGCCUAUGCUUCCCCCGUCGCAUUCGCUUCCUCCGUCGCCAUCGCCUCCCGCGUUUGGCCUUCCCUCCCCUCCCCUCGAACUAUUCGCCUUCCCCCCGUCACCCUUUGCUUUGCCCCGUCCCCCUCGCUUUCCAACGUAGCCUUUGCUUCCCCCCGUCGCCCUUGCAUCCCACGGUCGCAUUUGCUUUCCCCCGUCGCCUUUGAUUACCCCCGGCCUUGCAUCAUCCCCUCAUCAUCCCCUCCCCCCCUCGUCGCUCUCACCCCCGCCCCAUCCCGUCUCUCUCAUCCCCCCUCAUCUCUCGAACUUCCAUCUCAUCCGCAUCCCUCUGGUCUCUUCCCUCAUCAACCUCCCUCCUCCAUCCGCCCUCGUCCCCCAUCGUCCACCCCCCCUUAUCUCUCCCUCAGCCCUACCUCACCCCUCCCUCUCCCCCCCCCCUCCUCUUACCCCAUUGCAGGAUGGCUUAUAUUUGCACAAUAUUUGGGCCUGAAGGCUUCUCUGGCCGGGGCCCCCUAA